AUGCAACACCUCCCCUGCGGCUGCCGCCGCUCCGGCCGGCGUAACUGCAUCGUCCCCAACUGCCCCAACGAAUCGACCGACUCCCGAAACGACCUCUACUUCUGCCCCGUCGCCCGCAAACGCAACCUCACCCGCACCGGCGAACCCGAGAUCUGUCCCAUCGAGCUGCCCGCCAACACAUGGACGCAGAUCAAGCACACGGGGAGGUGUGCUAGACACAAAAAGGAGAUGGAGGAGGAUCUGGCGAGAAAGAAAAGAAGGCAGGAAAAGGAGGAGGAGAAGAGAAAACAGUUGGAGAGAGAGAGGGAGAAGAAGGAGAAGGAGGAGUGGGAGGAGAGGAUGAGAGGUGGGGGUGGAAGUGGAAGUGGAGGAAAUAGGAUGGCGGGUUUGGGACUGAUAAGAGAGGGGGUGGAGGAGACGGGAAAUGGGAGUGGAAUGGAUGUGGAUGAGUUUAGGCAUGUUAACAAGGUUUUGGAGGCGCGGGAUAGGGCGAGGGCGGCGGGAGGGGGGGUGAAGGUCGAGAUGGGCACGGGGGUGGAAAGGAUGGGGGAGAGUGGGUUGGGAAUGGGGCCGGUGAGUGAGGGGUUGAGGAGGAUGGCGUUGGAUAUGGAGAGGAAGAGGGAUGAAGAAGACAUGGCGUGGAAGGAGAGGAUGUUGGAAGAGGAUAUGGUAAAGGUAAAGAAAGAAAGGAAGGAGAGGGAGGAAAGAAGAGAGGAGAAGGAAAAGAAAAAGAAGGAGGAGAAGGAGAAAAGGAGGAAAGAAGAAGAGAAAAGAGGAAGGAGGAAGAACAAAAACUGA